AUGGACACGCAGAACCUCCCUGAAUACAUGAAGCGUCCCGCGCUGCAGCCCCGACGGCUUCGGAUCGUUGGGAUCGGCGCCGGAGCCUCUGGACUCUUGCUCGCUUACAAGAUCCAGAGGAACUUCAUCAAUGUCGAUUUGACCAUUUUUGAGAAGAACGAAGGAGUGGGAGGGACGUGGUGGGAAAACAAUUAUCCAGGAUGCGCCUGUGACAACUUUUCACACACAUAUACCUAUUCCUUCGAACCCAAGACGGACUAUGAGGGCACGUAUUCCACGUCUCAAGAGAUUCAAGGAUACUUUGAAUCGUUCUGUCACAAAUACAAUCUGGACCGCUACAUUCAACUUUCACAUGCGGUUACACGGUGUGAAUGGGAUGAAGUCGGCGCUACAUGGACCGUGACCACCAACGACUUACGGUCUGGGAGAUCAAAAAAGACAGUCUGCGAUAUUCUGGUCAAUGCGACUGGCGUACUUAACAGCUGGAAAUGGCCUGAUGUUCCAGGACUCGACAAGUUCCAGGGUCAACUAGUGCACAGUGCGCAUUGGGAUCCGCAGGUCGACCUUGACCAGAAAACCGUUGGGCUAGUUGGCAAUGGGUCUUCGGGGAUUCAGAUCUUGCCGGCAAUAUUACCCCAGGUAAACCGCGUGGUCCAUGUCAUCCGCAGUCCUGCCUGGGUCGUGACGCCCUUUGGGAACAGCAUGCCCCGCAAAUUCACGGAGGAGGAGAAGAACGAGUUCGCCGACCAUCCAGAGACACACUUGCUCCUUCGAAAGCGCAUCGAGGCCACCAACAACAGCUUUUUCCAGAUCUUUUUGAAGAACACGCCCGAAUGCCGAGCCGCGAAACAAAAGUUCACCGAGCAGAUGCGCGAGCAGCUGGGAAGCUUCGACCUCGCGAACAAGCUCAUUCCAAAGUGGCCUCUGGGCUGUCGCCGUCUAACCCCGGGCAUUGGGUACCUGCAGGCCUUGCAGGAUCCCAAGACCGAGCUUAUCUACGAUGCACUGGCUGAAGUGACUGAGGCGGGCUUGAGAACCACGAGUGGUCGUGAAAUUCCCGUGGAUAUCAUCAUCUGUGCCACCGGGUUCGACACGUCAUUCAAACCCAAGUAUCCCGUGGUAGGACCCAAGGGGCAAGAUCUCCGUGACGUCUGGAGUGAUCAGCCGAAAGGGUAUCUAGGACUGGCCGUUCCCGAGUUCCCCAAUUACUUCACCUUCUUGGGGCCGAACUGCCCGAUCGGCAACGGCCCGGUCUUGUGCGCGGUCGAAGCGCAGGGCGAUUAUAUCUGCAAAUUCAUCUACCGAAUGCAGACAGAAGACAUAAGGACGGUGACACCGAAGAUGGCGGCCGCGGAUGAGUUUAUGAAAUUCAAAGACACAUUUUUCCAGACGACGGUGUGGAGUGAAGACUGUCAAUCGUGGUACAAGCUCCGGCACAACAACAAGAUCUCGGCCGUGUGGACAGGGUCGACCAUCCACUAUCUGCGCGCCGUCGAGCACCCCCGGUACGAGGACUGGGACUAUACAUAUCUCUACGACAAUCGGUGGUCGUUCUUGGGCAACGGACUGGCUCCGGACGACGUCGAUCCCAAAGCCGACCUGGCAUUCUAUGUCCGCCAGUUCGACGACGCGCCCAUCAUCGGGAGCAAGAAGAUUUACGAGGGCCCGUGGGUGGCAAAUAGAGGUGAAAGUGCCAUUGGUCUGAAAGAUACAGAAUACAAGGAGCCAGAGGAGGUAUUGCCUGAGCUUCCACCAGCGGGACCCAGGCUCUGA